GCUAGGCGGCGGUAAUGCCACAAUUUGAGCUAAAUUCACGUGUCAAGGGUUACAGUUGAAUCAAGCUAGCAGCGUUUGCCAUACGUUAGCCGACAAUGGCUAAACAUCACCCAGAUUUGAUCUUUUGCCGAAAACAAGCCGGUGUUGCCAUCGGCAGACUUUGCGAGAAAUGUGACGGAAAGUGUGUGAUCUGUGAUUCUUAUGUGCGGCCUUGCACGCUGGUGCGCAUCUGCGACGAGUGCAACUAUGGGUCUUAUCAGGGGCGCUGCGUCAUCUGUGGAGGGCCCGGCGUGUCCGACGCCUACUACUGCAAGGAGUGCACCAUCCAGGAAAAAGAUCGGGAUGGAUGUCCCAAGAUCGUCAACCUGGGCAGCUCCAAAACAGAUCUGUUUUAUGAAAGGAAGAAGUACGGCUUCAAGAAGAGGUGAAGAAGCCCCGUCCUCAAGCUCAGGCUUUGUUUUAGUUUUUCAGAAUUUCUUUAAAACUUCCAGGCAACAUGUUUUUUGACUUUUUCAUUCAAUAAAGCUUGCUUUUAUAUUUGUUUGGGACUCGUUUAAUGAUCUGUUGGAGAAGUACAUUUGGACUCAUAAGAAGUGUCCCAAACUGCAUCCACAUAGAAGUCUUUCAUUUGGAGAUAUUAUUUUAUUACUUAAUUUUCCUUAUUGGUCUGACUCUUACUCGCCAGUUGGUGUCAUUCAACGCCUAAAGUUUGUAAUUGCACUAACUGAAACUACAAGUUUGUGGCAGCACAUUCAUGCAUCAGUCUGCAUGGAAUCUACUAUUACUCAAAAUUAGUUAGGGAUAUUGUUAUUUACAAGAGUGCUUUUCCUAUUUGG